UACCGAACCCUUAAAAUAACUUCUUCAGACACUUUCAGGCAUAGGCUCCAUGGUGCACCUCACAAAAUUGCAAUCUAAUUAUCACGAAUUGAAAUGCAAUUAAACAAACCUGUUCUCCCACUGUAAAGCAGGAAGGAAACCUUUUCCUUCUGCCCUUCCCUCUCCUGCCCUGUUUACUUCCUUAUUGCACAAAUUGGCCAAUUCUUCCUGGGACGUAGGAGGAUGCCGAAGUCCAUGGGAAGCUCACCCACCACUUUUGUCGGAGCACCUGAAACAGCCGUGUCCAACCUGCCUAACCUCUGGCUGGCAAAGCCGGGCUGGUCGCUUGCCGAGAGGAUGAAGGAGGUGAGCUGCCUUCACAGUGCUCGUCAAGAGAUAGACGCACGCAGCCCUGCUUAUGCUGGCGUUGAGUGGCUUUCUUGGCAGGAAACUGCUGUUGACGCUCAUCAGUGAUUAAAAACAAAAGGGGUUGCACGCAGAAGUAUAUUGUGAAGAACUACUACUACUACUACUUGUUCAAGUUUUCAGCUGCUUUGGGUGAAGAGAUUUUUUAUAUCACUUUUCUUCCAUUUACCUACUGGAACAUAGAUCACUCUGUGUCUAGAAGGAUGAUAAUUAUUUGGUCUAUAGUGAUGUACAUAGGCCAGGUCUCCAAGGACAUCCUGAAGUGGCCUCGGCCCCUCUCGCCGCCUGUCGUCAAGCUGGAAAUGAGGACGGAUGCAGAGUACGGGAUGCCUUCCACCCAUGCCAUGGCAGCUACCGCCAUCUCCUUCUCCUUUCUCAUUGCAACCGUGAAUCAAUACAAGUAUCCAUUUGAAGUGGGCCUGAUAGCAGCAUUUGUGUUCUCGACGCUGGUGUGUCUCAGCAGGCUCUACACAGGGAUGCACACGGUCCUGGACGUGAUCGGCGGAGCGCUGAUUUCGGCUGUGCUGCUCGUGCUCUUGUAUCCUGCGUGGGACAUGAUAGAUCACUUGCUGUUAACCAGUCCCUUCUGUCCGCUGCUUUCCAUAGUUGUGCCUCUUGUCUUAUGUUACAACUACCCCAAACUAGACUACUACAGCCCUACCAGGGGAGACACCACGACUAUCUUAGGAGCAGGAGCUGGAGCAACUGUGGGAUUUUGGUUAAAUAACCAGUACGCCAUGCCAGCCUACACCAGUGAAAAUUUGCCGCUCGGAUUUCCUCUGAUCACCAGUAAAAUAGUGGCGGUUGUGCUGGCCAGGUUCUUCGUAGGGAUCUUUGUUAUUCUACUGACGCGCCGGCUGAUGAAGUGUGUGGUCCUUGGCAUGCUGGGCUAUCGGUACAAGUUUUCCAUCGGCGACCUGGAAGCCCGAAGACGACUGGAAGUCGAAGUGCCGUAUAAAUUUAUAACGUACUCCUCAGUUGGCUUCAGUGCUACCGUGCUUGUGCCGCUGCUGCACGAGCUGUUAGGAUUGAUGUGAGCGCAGCGCCUUCCUUACAGAGUAACGUAUAGCACCACCGUUGCAGAGAUGCGAUAAGGUGUUCCAGGCUGGUAACUUGACCAAAAAGUGUUUUGUGCCUUUCUGCACUGGCCUAAAAUACCGGAUUUGGCAGAGUCACGGGAAUUGCUGUACACAAAUAACUUUGGGUUUGAAAUCACUGACCCCGCUGUGUCCGAUAAUUAGAGACCCCCGGCCCAGACGACUAAAGAUGACAAGCACAGAGUACAAAGCCAAAAUCCCUGCCGGAGCGUCGGCAGCGGCUGGUUUGCCGGGGGUGCCGGGAAGGGUGGCCGUGCCUGUGGGACGCCGGCCCCGUGGGCUGCAAAACUGCCUGCCUGGCCGCGGGGUUGCUCCUGCUGCAGAAGGAGAGCGA